UUUACGAUUAGUCGAUUACCCACUUUCUUCCUCUUCAAUUUCUGUUCUGUUUCCUCUCAGCAAAACACAUCCCAGAUUUUGCAGGAAUUCCAGCAGCCAGCAGCACUACUCUUAUUCUCUCUCUCUCUCUCUCUCUCUCUUCUCUUCUCUGACACAAAGAAGCAGAGGAAGAUGGUGGUGGACAGAAGCAGAGUGCGUUGCUUUCUCUAUCUAUCUUCUCGUUUCUAAUACCUUAGCUCCCACGAAAAAGAAUUUUCUCCCCCAAAUCACUUGCCUCCUUCUGCUUCUUUCUCUAAUCAACAAUGGGGGCGGCCAAUCUUUUUGUGAUACAAUUUGUGUCUCUUACUGGACGCUUCUCCAGCCUUGUGAGUUGUGACAGUUGAAUUCUGGCAGAGGGAGGAAAGGGGGAAAUCGUGCGAGGGAUCAAUUUCUUCUCACCCCAGAAGCAGAGCAGAGCUCAGCUGGGAGAAAUUGAAGCAAAAAAAAAAAAAAGCAACUUUGGGAAAUGGCGGGUGUGGGAGAUGGAGCAGGGACUUCCAAUGGAGGAAUUCCGCCGCCGGCUGCCGCAGCAGCACCGAAGAUCCGGCUGGUGCGCUGCCCGAGAUGUCGGCAGGUUCUCCCUGAGCUACCCAAUGUCCCUGUUUACCAGUGCGGUGGCUGUGGCACCCACCUUCAAGCCAAAAUCCGGCCACCGAUUGGGGAAAAUUCCCCACCUGCUUCCAGUAAUGGGUCGUCGGUAAAAGCUGCUUCUGUUUCUGCCCAGUUGAAUACAUCGGCUAGCAGCAGCAGCAGUAGUUCUGUUCCUUCGCAUGUAGUUGAAGCUUCCUCUUCCUCCGGGUCUGGGGAGACUUCCCUGGAUUCUCCUGUUGGCUUAAAGGAUUCAACUUUUUUCAAUCCUUUAAAUGAUGAUCAGAAGCCUGAGACCAAGGCAUCAAAUGGAUCUGUGAGGGAAGAAAUCGAUGAGAAAGAAUGCGGUGAUCAGCUGCUCCCCAGGGUUGACUCUGACUUUUCUAUGGAAGACCAAGUUGUGAAGAAGGAGAAGAUGGAUCAUGGCGAGUCUUCAGAUCGUGAUGCAUUUAUCGAGAAGGAAGAAAUGUUCCCAGAUGUUGGAGUGGAUUCUGAACAUGAAGUCGAUGAAGGUGGUGAGAUUGCCAAAGUAGAUGACAUAAACUCCAGUCCUUUGGACUCGAGAAGAUCGAACAUGGAGAAUGCCAAAGGUGAUAGUCCUUUGGACUCGAGAAGAUUGAGCACAGAGAAGAUAGGUGAUGCUACUACAGAAAGCACCUCGACGACCAUCACUGCUGGGAGCCCAGCACCUAGAGAAUACAUCUCUGAAGAUAUUCAUUCAGGUCUCCCUCCUCGUGACCAGCAGCAGCUCAAUCGGCUCCAGGAGAGGGUGCGUCAUGGGAUUGAUAACCGUAGAAGGUAUGUAGCUGAAGACAAAUUUGAAGCAUCUGAUGAUUUCAUCAACAACAUAAGUUCGGAGCUAAGUGAGGUGCUUGUAGAUUUUUCCAAAUCUCCAACCACUAGAAGUACUCGUGCUUAUUAUGAAGGUUUCUCCUCUUACGAAGGGACUGAUCAUGAUCAGAUGCCUGGCGGUAGAUACAGACCUCAUUACAGGAAUCCUUAUGGCUAUAACCCUGGGAACUAUAAUAAUAUUGCUGAAGAAAGGGAAGAUGAAAAUCAUAAUGUCCAUCGGAGUAGGAACGUUGGGAUGCAGCAGUAUCAGCAGCAACAGAACUAUUAUUCCCCAGAUAUGAAUCAAUAUUUGGAAAGGGAUGAACUUAUGCUUCAACAGCCUCUACAUACAAGGGGUUACAUGAAUGGCUAUGGAAGUGGCAGCUCCCCCAAUCAUUUGCAGAGUGGAUUUCAUGGCAACUCAAAUUUCCACCCUCCAAUUAACCCUGUCGACAUUGAGCAAGAGAAGAUCAGGUUAUUGAGAAUGGUUUAUGAGUUGGAAGAUCGACUUACCAGAUCUUGCUCUCUGAAUGAUAAAGUUAGUAGUGGAAGUGUUUCUGCUGGAGGUGCUUGGAGUGAUCAGCAGGUUCCCAGGCCAUAUAGAGAGGCAAGCAGCUGGUCUCAGCCUCAGACAAGGCAGCAGCAUUCGAGAAUACCAUUCUCGGCUGAAGCAACAACAAAUGGCAGCAGGCACAAAGUGGAUCACUCCUUCUGUUCUACACAUUGCAAUAACCACAACAGAGUAUUUUGCAGGUCUCACUCCGGUGCAAAUUUUUGCAACUCGUAUGGCUCUUGUCCCUCUACUCCUCAGAGACACAUGGGGUUUGAUGAUCAAAGACCUAACAGAGAUCAUGAUUUGAGAAAGUAUCACUUGGCCAAUAAGAAACAUCUCCGCCCUGUAGCUGGUGGAGCACCAUUCUUAGCUUGCCCUCGUUGCUUGAGCCAGCUGCAGCUGCCUGCAGACUUUCUCGUUUCUAAGAGGAAGUGUCAUCCGUUGCGAUGUGGUUCCUGUUCCGAGGUACUCAGGUUUUCACUUGUGGACAGAACUCGCUUGGUCCCAUACUCACCUACUGCAAAUGCAUCAUCUGCUUCGUUUAAACAAGGCGGACAGCGAAAGAGGGUAAUUUCAGACAAGCAGGGCAAGGAUCCUGUGGAAGCAUAUGACGAUGUUGGGCAUUCCAAUGGUAAGGGGGGAAAGGAGAAGAAAUCUACAGAAGUUGAGGAGAUAGAGGAGAGAGGAGGGUCGCCACUUCAUCGACUGAUGGGCUACUCCACUCUCAGCGCUGUCCUUGUUAGCACUGGCGCGAGGGUGUAGAAAGGGUUCCACGUACAGGAACCUAACUCAAUUAUGAAUUCUGACGUCUCUCCAUUCCAUUGGUUCCUUUUCAUUCCAGUGGCGGCAGCUUGGAGUGAAAACAGUAUAUACUCUAGAAGGUAGAAAGUUCAAUUUUGUUGGAGCUGUGUGUGUAUAGAAGUUCAGAAGAAGACUCCACUUGAUUUUAUUGAUUUAUUUAGGCAUUCAGAUUUCAGGGUAUAGUUGAUUCUGUAUGGUGGUUUUGUUUCUUUGAGGGCUUUACUUGUGGUGUGCUAUAAUAGAAAGAAGAAACUAGUUGUUUUUGCUGUAAUACAUACAUGUAUGAGGGCUACUUCAGCUUUGUGGUAACGUUUCUUUGUUCUCUGCUUUUGUUGAGUUAGAACACUUUUUCGAUUGAGAACUAAUGCCAUCGGAUCGUUUAACUACGC